AUUGACUUCUAUUAGUCUCGAAAUAUUUAUUUUUCUAACAAAAAAACUCCUUAUUUUGUAAUAUUUUGUUUCAAAAACCUUUUUGAUCUGAAAUCAAAAUGCCAGGAAAAGUGGUAUUUGCUGUCUUACUAACCAUCGCAACUUUAUUCUCCACUUCCUUUCCAGAUGUCGCUAUCGUUACUGAUCCGAAUGAAACAGCAUAUGUCAACUGUUUAAGAAAUUGCUCUACAAAUGAAAAUAACCCAUUUUGUAUACAAUAUUUUACACAAAUUGUGGGUGUGGGCAAUCAGGAAUUCUCUUGCCUCAACAGAUGCGGAGCAGGUCAGUUGUGUAACAAUAAAGUAUAUAAAAUUCUAGAAUGCAAAAAUUUGUAUAACUUUUUGUUAAUAUUCUUUUACUUUCUAGUACCAAUCUACAAGGUAUAUUACGGAAAACUAUAGGGUUUAAAAUUUUUGAAUUUAGGUGUUUUACGCCAUGAAAUCACUUUCAAUUUUACGUAGAUGAUUGUAGAAAAUUACAAAUCUUUACAAAAAAUACAAGAUUUCACCAAAGUUAAAAUAUUGGGAAACUACUAUACAUAAAAUAAUGCUGUAAAUACUGGUGUUCAUUGUAGAAAUGUACAAAUGUAAGCAAACAAAAAUUACAUUUUUACAAUAAAUGCUUUUAGAAUCUGAA